AUGCCUCCGACGGCCCCGCGCCCGCCCGGCCUCCCCGCGGGAGCAGCCGCCAGACCGGACAAACGGGUUUCCCCGGCUCGCCGGGCAGGCCCCGCCGCGCAGGAGGAGGGGAGGGGCCGCGCCGGCCCCGGCCCGGUCCCUAUGCCUGGCCCUAGCCCCGGCCUAACCGGCCCGCGGGAGGGAAGGUGGCGGCGGGACCCUCUCCUGCUGGGGCCGCGGCUCCGGUUACCCGGCGAGGCGGCGCCGUCGCCGCCGCCUCUCCCCGCCCGGCCGAGCAGCGUCGGUCGAUGCCGCGGCAGGCUGCAGCGAAAUACAUGUGAACAUCUCGGGAGUAAUGGCAACUCAUCAAAUGAAUGUGACAGGCUCCAACUGGUCUAAAAAGUCAUGGUUUUGAGGAUUACUGCUGCUUAUCUUGAAACUUCAGGCAUGAUCAGGCAGCAUUGUGACUCUGCUGUGAGGGUACAAAAGAUUGUGGAAAAGAUGCAUUUUGACUGACCUGCCUUGAAUUCUACUAAAAGCAAAUGCCUGCAGUCGUCUGAAUUUGAGGUAAGUAAAUGAAUUCUCCUUUAUAAAGAUGACAUUAAAAAAGUAGGGAUAGCCCUAAUAAUGUAUCUCAUUAUUAACAGAAACUGGCAUGCAUUAGGAGGAGGAUUGGAUGAUCUAAUCAGUCUUUCCUAGCUUCAACUUGAGUAUUUUCCCCAUCAGUCUCUACAUUUCUCACAGAAGUACCAAUAUAAUCUACAUUCCUCAGUAGACUGCCUGCACUGACAAAGUGGGAAACAACAUUUCUAAUCAGUUAAUGUAAUGGUCUUAAAAUGGUGUGUGUGUGUUUGUGCACAUGUGUGCAAAAUUUCAGUUCGGUCACAGGCAAUUGUAAACAGUUCAUCAAAAGACUAGAUGGAAAUGGCUGUAAUAUUUCUAAUUACUGGAUCUGUAACAGCUACAACCUAAGAUGAAAAAUCAGAUAAACGUACACAAGACUUGCAGAAAAUCCCAAAAGAUAAAUCAAGAAAUACAUGACUGAAUAUUUAUGUUGACCUAACCUGGAUUUUUCCUAGAAACAGUGCAG